CCUUUCCGCAAUGUUGUACCUCACGACGGUGGUCAGCAACGCCUGCCUGGCGAUCCUGAACUGUGGGCUGUGUCUGUCAGCGACGAAUCUAGCAAGAAUGAUGCUUCUAAAAGAUUUCAAGAUAUGCCCAGAGGGGAAUAUUAAGUGCGACAAGGAGAGGUGGUACUUUGCAACUUUCUAUUUCACUCUCUACAUGAGUGCCUUCUUCGGAUGUCUCAUUUCGUUAUACUUCAGGAGUUCCAAUAGGAGAAAGGGACUGAUGGGAGUGCACUACCUCUACAUAAUUGGAAGCCUAUUAACCAUAUAUAGCUCCCCUCACAUAAUAAUAUUUUUAUUUUCUCAAGCCUUUUUUGGACUAGCCAUUGGAGGAUCUGUGGUUACUGCAUCUUGUUACAUUUUAGAAUACACACCAAAAGAUCACCAGAAAUUCUAUGGGUUCUAUAUUCAGAUAUUUUUCGCACUAGGGUUACUUAUUAGUUAUAUUUUCGGAGCCAUGUAUGCUAAUAUGCGUUUUUCCAAUCCCAAGACAACCUACUGGGUAUUGACAGUAUUGUAUAAACUGCACUUAGCGUUACCCCUACUCUUCAGUGUGAUAUCAUUACUUUUAUUUUCCUUUACAUUCACUCUAGAUACUCCAUUACAUCUAUAUGAAUCGAAAAAAUUUAAAAAAUUUGAUAAAUUAAAGACCAAAAUGAAAAUCCAAGAAUUUAACGAGAAAGAAGAAUAUCACAAAAAUCAAAAAACAAAAGAAGUGAGUUUGCUAGGAAAGGAUUUAACAAUAGUGAAUUUUUUUCAAAAUGAGUUAUUACGGAAGACUUCCUUUGUAGGCAUGCUCCUCUGCUUUCUCUACUCUCUUAAUGGAUCAUUUCUGUUUUUUAAUGCUAUAUUCUUGUUUUUUAGAGCAUUUUCUAGUACUAUGGCUAAUACGUUAGUUUCUGUUGGGUUUGUGUUGCUUUAUUUUAUUAGCUCAAUAGUCUGUACUAGGUUAAUCAGGACAUAUGAGAAAAAGGAUCUCUUAAUUACUGGGUUGGUUAUACAAGCCAUUUCAGCAGCAUGUCUAGUUGGUUCCUACUUCCUUGAAUUUACCAAUAUUGUACAUAAAAUUAUGUUAAUUGUUGCGAUAUCUUCUUAUUUUGUUGGAUUAUCCUUAGGGUUUGGACAUAUGAUAUGGACUCAUGUAUUUGAUUUAUUUCCAAAAGAAUGUAAAAUCGUAGGUGCUUUUUUUUCCUACUACUCUCUCUUUCUUGGUGCCUUCUUCAUUUCUGUUUUGCUCGAGUUCAUAAGUACUAGGUACUACUCCUACCUCUUCAUUCUUUGCCUCAUUUCCCUCUCCGUCUCCAUCGUCUCCUUCAACAAGUGCUACAAGGACGAAAGGGUGGCCAUCGCCAGGCACCCCUCCAUAGAGGACUA